GAUUUGUCUUGUGAAGUGACACAACCUCUCCAACUUCCAUCAUGCCAGCAAACGGGAAUGCAAUCUCUAGCCUAGACAUGGCAUACAUCGUGUUUGAAGCGGUCAUCGCAUUGGCGUCCCUUUCAGGCAACGUCCUUGUGGUGUGGGCAGUCAAACUGAACAAGGCACUCAGAGAUACUACGUUCUAUUUAAUCGUCUCGUUGGCUGUGGCUGAUAUCGCGGUUGGAGCAGUCGCUAUCCCGAUAGCCAUUCUCAUUAGCCUGGAGGUCAACAUGCACUUCUAUUGCUGCCUGUUCGCCAGCUGUCUUUUGUGUAUCCUGACACAAAACUCCAUACUGUCGCUGCUGGCUAUCGCGAUAGACAGAUACCUCAGGGUAAAGCAGCCUGUCAAGUACAGAGCAGUAAUGACCCACCGCCGUGCCUGGAUGGCAGUUGGAGUCUGUUGGCUGGUGCCCACCAUUCUGGGUCUGCUGCCCAUGUUGGGUUGGCACCGAGGAGGCAGCUUGGGGGCUACUGCAGAGCGCAACAGCAGCAGCAGCAGUAGCACUGAGGGAAGGUACAAGGCGUGCAGUUUCUCCGCGGUGACGAGCAUGGACUACGUGGUCUACUUCAACUUCUUUGGGCUCAUCCUGACCCCCUUACUGCUGAUGCUGGGGCUCUACGUGCUGGUUUUCACCACCAUCAAGAAGCAGCUGCAGCACUCCCAGGCAGCCUGCAAAGCCUCCAGGCUCCAGAAGGAACUGAAGCUCGCAAACGCUUUGGCAUUGGUCCUGGCUCUGUUUGCCAUGUGUUGGCUACCUCUGCCCAUCAUGAACUCGGUGGGGUUCUUCUGCCCCACAUGCCAUGUGUCCAAGCCCAUUCUCUACUGCGGCAUUCUACUGAGUCACGCAAACUCUGCUAUCAACCCUGUGGUGUACGCCUUCAAAAUCAAGAAGUUCAGGGUCACCUUCUUGAAGAUCUGGCACCAUUACUAUACUGGAUCAGAGUGGAGCAAGUCAGCUCCUCACUCCAACACCUUGCAGUCACAGGGGGCAGAGAAAUCGGAUAGUGUCUGAGGCUCAGGGUAGCAACCCUGUUUUUGCAGAGCCAAGCAAUGAGAAAUGGCCAUUAAUCUGCAAAACAUCCACUGUAUACAGCCUAAUGAUGGUGCCCAUUAGUUGUAGUACUAGUACUGUGGGCACUAUUAUAUUUCUGCCCCUAUGUUAUGCCCAUGUUUUGUUACAGUAUUCUCAACACUGUAUUAUGUUGUACUGAAUUUUAAUGACAGUAUCUUAAAAAAAGAUGCACUAUUUUUAUAUGUUUGAUUGCAUGCCUUUUACCAGUAUAAGGGACAUUUCAACUGGGUACAUUUUUAAAAAGCAAUCUUUUGCUGGGGUUUGAUAAAUGUUGAUACUUUUUUUGCAGUUUUGGUUUCCUUGCAUGCAACAAAGGGUUAGUACCAAUGUGACUGUAUAUGUGCCAAUUCAAAAUAACUACUAUACAGUGCCUUUGAUGA